GUCACGUGACGUGCCCUCCGCGUCACAGACGGCACUAAGUGGGUUUUAUUGGAGCCCGAAAAGCUCAAAUAUACAGAAAGCAAAAGAAAAGAUGCGCGAUUCUGUAAGAAUGAGGUGGAUUUGUUUACUUCUGGUCCUGAUGGCGCAGCGCUGUUGUUCCGUCUCACCUGUCCAGAAGAAGAAAACACCUGCUCAGAAGUCCCAGCUGGCUUUACCGACGGUCACCUGCUCCGUCCGCGGGAUCCGAGCUCUGUUCGGCCCGCUGGUCAAAAACAACCUGCGUGUCAUAGACCAAUCCGGAGCCACAGUCCCAGUGCACAAGUCUAAGAGAGAGUGUGGGGUGAGGGUGGGCAGAGAGAAGAACCAGAACCUGUCAUUCUUCAGCAAAUACGACAGCUGCUAUGCUCGUGUGGAGGGCAGCAAAGUGGUCCUCCCUCUGCUGGUCCAGCUGACCGCCGGAGAGGACCAGUGGAUCAGAGUGAACAUCAGCUGUCCGCUGAUAAAAAGGAGCAGUCAAAGGAUCCAGCCAGCAGCGUUCCCUGCAGACUGUGACAUGGAAAAAUCUCUGCAGACAGACUGUGGCCAGCGGGGCAUCUCCAUUGAAGACUGUAACAAACUGGGAUGCUGCUACGAUCGUCAUACCUCAGCCUGCUACUACAGACUCAACGCCUGCUCUCUGGAUGGACACUUUGUGUUCACAGUUAAGGCCACAGACACACACCCACCUAUUGACCCCAACAAUCUUGUAAUCAAAGAUCAGCCUCACUGUUCGCCUAAAGUCUCAACUCCAGAUACAGCUGUCUUUAAGAUCGGAGUCAUGGACUGUGGUGCAACGAUGAAGACAGAUGGCGAUCUGGUCAUCUACGAGGUUGAAGUGGAGGAGCUGAACACAAACCGAAAUUCACCAUUUAGUCUCCAGGUCCAGUGUGAAUACGAGGAAUCGGAUCUUAAGAGAGCGAAAGCCUUAAGGUCGCUGUACACGGUGACCACUCCACCUGCUGUGGUUGCUCAGGGAACCAUCAGGGUCCAGAUGAGAAUAGCCAAGGAUGCCUCUUUUACAUCUUUUAUUCCCGAGGACCAGCUGCCGCUGACCAUUCCUUUACGUGAAAUGGUGCACGUUGAAAUUUCCAUCGCCGAGCCCUUCCCGGAUCCCGCGCUGUCCCUGAGAGUGCGAGACUGCUUCGCCUAUCCUGUGUCCAAACACUCGGUGUGGACGCUCCUGCAUGACGGCUGUCCCAACCCUUUAGACGAUUUGAGAAGCUCCAUCCUUGUGGACAACCAUGAGAAAACCACCAACCAUUCUCAGCUCAGGAGGUUUGGUGUGAAGACCUUUGCCUUUCUGGACCCUGAGACGGGCAAUCCGAGCUCAGAAGAAAUGUACUUCUACUGCUGGGUGGAAAUCUGCACAGGCGAUGUGGACUGUGCUCAGAGUUGUACCAUCAUCUCAUCAGAAGAUGGAAGACAGAGAAGAGAGGUCCUUUUUGCAUCUCAUCAGGACCAGCUGGUCUUCUUGGGACCAUUUGCACUGGUAUCCAAUAACACUGAGCUGGAGGAAAAUCCAUCUGAGAAAGGACAAAAAACAAUAUUCCAGGCGAUUUUGUUCAUCGUCUCCGGCGUUGGAGUUGUCCUGCUGCUGGUCCUCCUGAUUGUUUUAUGUUCAACCAUCAGAACGCGUCCAAAGAAGGAAGAGAAGCAGGCGCGUGGUUCACAAGAUGACAGCGAUCAUGUCAAAUAAACCACUUUCUGUUAAGAGAAUUUACUUUUUGAUGCAAGAGAAGUGUUUAAAUUUCGGUUUUAUUAUUUUAAAAUAUUUCAGAAAAUAAGCUGUAAGCGUAAUCAUUUAAACACUAUUAAAUUUCUUUUUU